CCUUUAAUUCAAUGACGUCACGAAUCCACCUAUAAACUUGGUGAACCAGAACGAAUUUUCUUUCGCCUUAAAACUGUAGUUUUUUGUAUUGUGGAGAAGUAUUCCUUUUUGGAAGAAUUUGGGGAAACUAUAUCGUUCAUUUGAUGCAAAUAGUUCUACUUGGAAGACAUGGGUAAAUUAGCGUUUCUUCUUUUGGCUUGCUUAUCGGUUCGGUGCGCAUGGUCUUAUUACCAAAAUGCUCCUCAACCAUAUCAACCAAGAAUCAUCUAUCGCCAUCACAUUGCCCCAUAUCAACCUCGUGCCUCAUAUAUGCAGCCGGUGAUGCUUAGACCACCAGCAAUGCCAUACGGAGGCAUACCCGUCGCGUAUGGUCCUCCAGAACUACCAUUCCAAAGGGGUGCAGCAACACCAGUAUCCAUGUAUUUACCACAGCCUCAACCACAACCUGUGUUUACUUCUAUACCAUAUGCACCAGCGGCUGCUCACGUGCACAGUUUCUUCAGACAAUCUCCUCCUCCACCAAGAACUCCAAGAUAUCCUCUGAAACAAAUGGUAAACCCCUUCCAAAGUGCUUUCAGUCAAUAUCCCGCACCAUCUACAAUGUUUGGAAAGAUUAAGCCAUUUCUUUUUGGCAACACUGGACCUAGAUCAUUGCCUCAUCAUCCUUAUUUUCCUAACAUGUACCCACCACAUAAUUUCAUACCAAACAGACCUUUACAAAACAGGCCAGUUUCUCAUCUCUCCUUUCCAGUUUAUCAGGAAUCUGGAAGUUCAAUGAAAUCGGAAAAGUCCUGCUCGUGCUCAUUACAUGUUGGAGAAUUAACUGUCUAUAAACAUACGGAUGUGAGGUCUUCUUACUCUUGCACGGAUUUGAAGGACUGUAACUCCUUUUGUACAAACCUGUUCAGCAGUGAAGAUUUAAGAGCUCAGACUAGAUCAGAUGCCUGCCUGAUACUUGGUAAAGAUGUCACUGUACCUUGGUUUAGAAGAGAUGCUGUAUGUGAACCACAUGGUACUAAGAAUGAUACUAAGUUGUCUGUGGAUUUAUGUUGCAAGAACCUACAGCCUUGUUGAGAAAAAGUAAGAAAAUUAUUUUAAGAAAAACGGAUAAUGAAAAGUGUUCAUCUUUAGCUCUGAAAUUGAGAAGAAUUUCAUUGUUUUGAACGGGAUUCUAGUUAACUGGAAAAUGAACAUUCAGUUAUAAAAAAAAGUUAGAUAAAGAAGCUAGUGCCAAGUUCAAUAAAAUGUGUAUGUUAUUUCCAAUGCAAAACAGAUUGUCUAUGUGCUGAGGUAGGAUGCGUUAUUGUAAAAUUAUUUUAUUCCAAGGAAUUGCAACAUUGAGUUUAAUUACUAUAAAUAGAGAUGUAAUGAGUGCAAGUAACAUAUAUUUAUUAUUUUAUAAAAAAAUAAUGCAUUAGAGUAAAAAAAGAACUAAGUAAAAAUUAUUAGUAUUUUAAAAAUGAAGACCAAAACGGAAUAGUUUUUCUGUUCACUGAUUUAAAAGGUUUGAAUGCAUAUGAAAAAUUCUUAUUCUCAUAUAUGAGUAGAAGACCAAUUCCUGAUUGCCCCAAUCAAUAUAAGACAAUCCCAAAAGUUUUUAUCUUUUUAAUAAAAUAAAAAAAAUGCUUAAUUUAAACAUAGUUACCUUUUAAAUGUGUUUUUAAAUAUCCACUUUUAUUAAUGCAUUUUUUGUAAACAUUGUGACAGUUUCUUAAGCCUUGUUAUACUAAAAAUUGCCAGUCUUCAGUAUCUUUGUAUUGAACCUUGUCGGAAUCAAUAGUGGUGCUGAAUUAUCUUCUGUCAAAAUAUUUUUCCAAUUUGGGAAAUAGACUGUUUCAAUAGUGACUGAAUACCAAGCUUAGAUUUAUGGGGAGGGGGUGGUGGUGAGUGAGUCAAAAUGUCCUAUAAUAACUAUUACAGGACAUCAAUGGUUUAAUGAACAAAGAAGUGAAAGAUAAAGAUGAGGUUCAA